GGUGGCUGCCCUGGCAUUGGAGCCACGAUGCCGUCAUCUUCGCCUUGGACCGGACCCGGUGGCUUGCAGGACUUGGAUCUUCCACUUAACGGAGCUGCCGCCGAACUUCCAGGGCGGGAGCCAAAGAUCGCGCCCAUGUCGAAGAACCCACCUGGCGUAGGCAUCAAGCGAGUCGGGAAAGUCGAACCGAAAGAGGUUGCUCCUGCGGGACCAGAUCCUCAGGGCCGAACAACAGUAAUGCUGAGGAAUUUGCCCAACAAUUACACGAGAGACAUGCUCUUGGAGCUGAUUGACAGCAUGGGCUUCCGUGGACAAUAUGAUUUCUUGUACCUCCCCAUUGAUUUCCAGACCCACGCCUGCCUGGGCUAUGCGUUCGUCAAUUUGGUGGAUCCAGGCUCACCGUGUUAG